GCACCAUGCAGCAUCGCAAAGGGCUUGAAUCAUUCAAUCGAAUGGAUCGUUCGAUUCUAUUCGAAUCGAAUGAAUCGAAUCAUAAAUUCGAACUUGGGUGGCAACAACCUGCAAGCUACCGUAUCGGUACGACUGUAGCGGUAACAAAGACCAUGAACAAGACAAGCAUGUUGGGUUGUAUAUGAUGCCGUAUCGCAUUGUGAAGAAGCGCGCUGCCUCGACGGAACAGUUGAUUGAUUCGAUCAAAAUUCCUCUUGCUUUCCAUAUGUUCUCUUGUGGUGGUGGGUGUGGCGGUGGAGUCAUGAAGUGCAGUCGGGAGCAACGGAGCAACCACAAGAUGGCUUCCCCACUCUGGUUAGACCCCCCUUUUAAAAGGAACUGGCUCUUUGAGAGGGGCGGAGAGAGCAUUUUGAGUCGAGCUUCAGGGGUGACAGCGUGACAGCUCAGACAUGGUCACGGUUGCUAAGAUUGGCAAUCAGAGCGCAUACUGGUACAGAUGAGUAGAUACUGGAACCUGAGACGUGGACGUGGUUGUCAGCAAGUACGACUGAUAAAAGAUACCGCCCCACCAAGGGCGAUGGUGUGAUCAAUUGCUCUCCCACAAAACCAAAAAGCAAAAGAUGCCACCUUAUCUGAACGAACAAGGAUUCGACGACGACGAAAUCGGUCUCUUCGGGAGGCCUGUGGAUGGUGCUUCUGCGCCCUCAUCUGGUGUUCCUCUGGUCGGAGUUAGCUUUGAGGCGCAUGCAGUGGAUUUCAUUGCCGAGUGCAAACUGACGCAGUGCUACCACAACACUGAGCUCUAUCCGGUUGUGGCCAAGUACCAUUUCCCCGUGGAUGAAGCCGCCGCGGUCUGUGGCUUUGAAGCCGUGUAUGAAGAUGGAAGGAUUGUCAAAGGCGUCGUCAAGGAAAAGGAGCAAGCCAGACAAGAAUACAAUCAAGCUGUAUCCAGAGGAAAGCAAGCAAACCUUUUGGAAGCUGUUCGGAGGGACAUUUUGUCCCUCAAAGUUGGCAAUUUGCCCGCCGGCUCUCACGUCAAAAUCACAAUUACCUAUGUGACUUCUCUCAAGGCUCGAGGUGACGCUGCGGCGCUCAUUGUGCCCACCUACAUUGCUCCCCGUUACAGUCCUCCUGACGUUCGCUUGUCUGACCAGGAAGCACAAGCCGUGGCUCCCAACAACGCUUCUGUGUGGAUCUUGACAGGAAUCUCCAUUCGAAUCCACUUUCGUUGCCUCUCCAACAUUACAGCCAUUUCGUGCCCCACGCACGAGGCACAGUAUGUUUGCGAGUUACAAGGAAACACUGGGCAAGUGUUGCUGGAAAACAUUGUCAUGGAUCGUGAUGUGGUGGCUCUGGUGACGGAAGAGCAGUGCCACCAACCCCGUGCCAUUAUUGAAAAAUCGGGCUCUUCCCUGGCAGGUUUCGUCACGUUGUUUCCAAAGCUGGAGUUUGCCGACGCGAAACGGGAGUUUGUCUUUGUGGUGGACCGCUCCGGAUCCAUGGCGGGUUCCCAAAUCCGGCAAGCACGCGAUACUCUGUUGCUGUUUCUUCGAGCUUUGCCUGUGAAUUGCACCUUCAACAUUGUGGGCUUUGGGGGCACGUAUAGGUCUCUUUUCAAGGUACCCGUCGCGUACAAUGACGAGACUCUGGAAACGGCAACGCGGUAUGCCCAAAACAUGACGGCCAACAUGGGAGGGACGGAGAUCAAAAGGCCGUUGGAAUACGUGUUUGGCCAGCCAUCGGCUCUCAGCAAUGUGAACAGGCGAGUGUUUGUGCUCACAGACGGACGAGUUUCCAAUGACAAGCAAGUCUUUGAAGUCAUCCGACGUCAUUGCGCCACCAACCACGCCACCAGCAGACUUUACAGCGUGGGCGUCGGAAGCGGUGUCAGCCGACAUUUGGUCGAGGGUAUGGCGCGGGCUGGUCUUGGCACGGCUCGUUUUGUCGGGGACGGUGCCGCUGACGCGUUGAGAGAAAAGGUCCUGGGGCAGCUCAAACAGGCGCUUCAGCCUUCGUUGCACAAUGUGAGUAUCAAGUGGAACAUGCCAACGAAAGAGCAGGAGGCGGUUCCACCUGCGCCCCCUCCGGUCAAGACACUCCUGGGAUAUCGCAGCCCUUCUGUCGACAUCGUUGCACCUCCCAAUCAAGGGGCCCAACCGAAAAUCUUCCCCAACAAUAUUCCUCCCGUGUUCAACUGUGAGAGGUUUCUGUCCUUUGCUCUUUUCCCCGUGGAAAGCGGCGUCCCGAAGAGCGUCACUGUGUCGUGCUUGACGCCCGAUGGGGCACUGGAAACGACUCUGGAUAUUGCAGCGGGGGACGUCUUCCAGGGCAACACAGCUCACAGAAUGGCUGCGCGUGCUGCCAUCAUUGAGUUCGAGGACACGAGGAAGUCGAUGGGUCAAAGGACGUUUGCGCCUGCGGCGACAACUGCCAUUAACAAAACCGAAGCUUUGCAACUCGCUCUUGCAAACAGACUGGUCUCGGAGCAGACGUCGUUCGUUACUGUCCUCGAAGACUCUGUUGAACCUGCUUGGCGUGACCCAGUGGCCUGUGUCCCCGCCGGCUCUCGAUUUGCUGCUGCGGCCGCCGUGGCAGGUAAAGGCAUCGAUAAGCCAGAAGAACCAGGUUCAGAUUGGGUGGUCCUCCCACCCACGACCGACGUGUACAUCCCACCAACCGCCCGUGCAUCAGCGCGAUUUCAGCGUUGCGCAGCCAUGAACGGCAGCUUUGAUAUGGCUAAGUCUCUUUUUGGCGUCUGUCCCGAAUCCGAUGACGAAGAAGAUGAAGUGAACAUUGGACGCAAAUUCGCUGCCGACCCGGAUGAUGACGAAGACGGAGGUCGCAGGUUUGGCGGCCGUGGUUUGCUUCCCAAUCCCCCUGCCCCUGCUGCUCAUGGUGUCUUCUUGCGUCAUGUUGAGAGAGUAAUAAAUCAUAAAGGCGAGCAUGAAUACGCCGAACGAAACGUUCAAGAAUUCAAAUACAAGACAGAAGAUGAAGGACAAGUGCUGGAUCACUAUGUCCCAGAUGGUGGAGUGUAUGAUCCGGGGCCUGUGGUAGCAAUGCCCAAAUACCAGCAGAGAGGCGGUGGCGGUGCUCAAGUCAGCUCAGACGACGUUGGUCUGGGAGUCUUCAUGGAACACUUGGCGAAAUUGGCAGUGGAGAGUGAUGGUCCGACGGUCUCUGAUGGCUCUCAUGGGAACGGCCAGUCAUCCUGUACCGAACGCGCAAGGGAAGGCGCCGAGAAGGAAAUCGAAGCUUACAAGGCAAUGGUUCAAGAAGAGAAGAAGGCGGACAAAGAGAAGUCCAAGAAGGCUGCCCAACAACAGACUCUCAUCGACGAGAGUGGCAAGAUUAUCGAAUAUUUGCGUAAGGAGAACAUGAAGCUGCGAAACCAGAAUGGCUCUAUGUGCAAGGAUUUCAAGUCACUCAAAGAGAACAACGCCAGGCUCAUGGAAGCCAAUGCCUCAGCUUCCGCUUCGUUCACUUCCCUCAAUGAUCACGCGAAGCAACUGAAUGCCGCCAAUGUGAAGUUGGUCAAGAAUGCGGAAGCCUACAAGGCACAGCUCGAGAAAUUGAAGGAAAAUUUGAAGACGCGCCAAUCAUACUACCUGGCAGAGGCUGAAGCUCGUCUUGCGUAUCAGAAAAUGAUGGCUCAAAUUGUUGGUACAAUUCAAGAUAAAUGCUGUGAUGCUCAGUUGACGGAGGAUGUUGUGAGUAUGGCUCUAGAGUGCGAAGCAGAAGCUAAGAGCGAGCGUGCUGCCCUUGAUGAUGCUGGCAAGAAGGCCGCCGCACCUGCUCCGGCUGCCGCUAAGAAGAAGGCACCGCCACCACCGGACAGCAGCAAGGAUUGCGAGACGUUGAAGGAGGCCAAUGCAAGACUCACCGAGGCAUGCUGUGCGGCAGGUUCCCAGGCGGGGAAUUGUGAGAAACUACCCACACAAGACAAGCUCUUGAGCCUCUGUCUUUUGCAAAAAGCGAAUGGUUCCUUCGUGUUACACAGUUCUCUCGCCCAAGCCUUGGGUUUGAGCGAGAGUGCUACGCACAAGAUUGUGGAGGCGCUUAUGCUCGAGGCUGAUGUUUUGAACCCUGGAAGCGUCAAGGCGACGCUUCUGGCUAUAGCGGCGAUGAGGGUCUUCUUUGCGACGCAGAAGAGUGUGUGGGAAUUGCAAGAAGACAAGGCGUUGCAAUACAUCGUGUCUUGUGGAGUUGAUCGAUCGAGCCUCGAUCCCGUGCUUCUUUCCCUUGACUCCGCGCUCCGGAACUAGCUAGCCGUUUUGGCAAAACGCAGACGAUGAAUACUUGGUGUCUUUGGAAUGAUUGCUAGAAACGGUGUGUUCGACAACCUCCUCCUCCGUUUGUUAAUAAUCACUUUUAUUGCCUUUGUCUCGCCUGUCCCCGUGU